GUCACUUCCUUGUACGAGUUUUUUUUGUUUUAUAUCUAUUACAAUUCAAGUCAUUUUUAAUUUUUCGUGACCGGGAUGGAUUUKACUCUCUUAASAAACUGUUUGCUUGGUAUAAUAUGGAGCUUUGCUGCUUUGACAAACUUAGAUAAUUGUGUUUCGUGUGUGAAKCUUCCAUACCAAAARGUUACUUUCAACGAAACUGUGUUUGGAAAUGUUUCAAAAGACAACGAUAACUURUGGAUGUACGAGUAUACACGACAGAAAGGCAUUAUUCAAGCUGUUCGUGUUCAAGUUUCUAGUGAAUUAGCAAAAGAGGAAAAYCCCCUGGUCAUAGUAGCUAGACUACAAAAGGGAGUGUUGUCAUGGGCUAUUCCUUUGAUUUCUGAAGGAGGGGAAAAGCAAGUGUAUUCAAGUAGGACACUUUGUCCAAGUUUAGAGAGUACUAUUUCUCAGAAUGUUUCAAAACAGUAUUUCCAUGUUCACAUUGCAUCAACAUCUCCARCUGAACCUGUGAAAUACACACUGAAAGCAUUCUUUGUUAAGAACUUUGAAAUGAGCUUGAAUCGYCCAUCUCAAUUUGAUGUGGAUCCAGCUGGUCCAAUGUAUAAGGUAUUCCGAUUCACUGGCAACACAAAGAGUGUCAGAGUAGAAGCCCUGUCUAAUAGCAGUUUCUGUACUAUUAUUUCUAUACAGAAGUCUCAGUGUCCUGUGUAUGACCUGGCAAGGAAUAUAGAAUUUACAGGUUACUAUCAGACUAUGACAAAAAAGGCAGCAAUUACUAUUCAGAAAAAUGACAUGGAUCAGUUUUACAUUGUUGUCAUUGUCAAGUCAACUGAUGAAGAAUGUCAAUCUGGACAUAGGAGUGCAAAUCCUAUUUCCCCAGAAUCACAAAGAYUCAAUGAACUGCAAGCUUCUUCAACAGUAACACCUGGCUUUAUWAUUUCUCGUAAGAAAAUUGUAUCAAUAAAGAUUGUUGAAGUUGAGUCAGUUGCAGACCAUGUCAGUGCCAUCAUGUUUCCUAUCAUUGUAUUUGGCCUCUUUUAUCUCACAACAUUCAUAUUUAUUGUUGGCAGUUGGUGCAAGCAAAGAGGUCUCCCAGGAAAAAGUUUCUUGGCAGUAUUUCUGCCAAAGAAAACAAGGUCUACAGAAGAAGAUGAUGACAAUCCUGAUGUGACAUUUCUGAUAAAUGAGCCAUCAUCRUCGCUGAAAAACCGCAAUCAAUAUGGAUCAUUUACUAAGGUUGUUCAUGGUACAGAAAGUUCUCAAGUCAAGGAAACAGAAAUGAAAGAACAUGACCAUGGUGGUGAUAGUCAUUCUGGUCCCUCAACAGAACUACUUGGUGGUGAAUACGAUAUGCUGAAUGACCUUGAACAUGAGAAGGACAUUUAUAGACUUAGAACGAUUGUAACUCUAGCUGACCUGACCAAGAAAAAUCCCAAAUACCUAAAGAAGAAAUACAAAUUAUAUCACUGGAAUUUAAUUGUAAUUGCUGUAUUUUACACUCUACCAGUACUUCAACUGGUCAUAACAUACCAAAAUGUAUUGAAAUCCAGUGGAGAUGAAGAUAUUUGUUAUUACAACUUCUUUUGUGCCUAYCCAUUUGCAUUUCUAAGUGCUUUCAACAAUGUAUACAGCAAUAUUGGUUAUAUUCUAUUGGGUCUKCUAUUCUUUUUCAUUGUCCUAAGAAGAGAUCGACUUCACAAACAAUUAGUAGCUUCAAAAGAUUUGCAAGAAAAGCAUUGUGGAGUUCCAAAACAUUAUGAGCUGUUCUAUGCCAUGGCAAUGGCCCUUGUAAUGGAGGGAGUGCUGAGUGCAUGCUACCACAUUUGUCCAAACAACUCAAAUUUCCAGUUUGAUACUUCUUUCAUGUACAUCAUAACAUGUCUUAGCAUGGUGAAAGUCUAUCAGAUACGUCAUCCUGACAUUGUUACCAGUGCACAUAGAAUCUAUGUGUUAUUUGCUGGCAUCAUACUCAUUGCUGUCAUUGGUGUGCUCUUCAGUUCAACAACAUUUUGGACUGUAUUCUGUGUUAUUUACAUUGGUAUAUCUUUCUAUCUAAGUCUUCAAUUGUACUACAUGGGACGAGUAAAAUUUGAUUCAGGAAUGCUGGCAAGGAUUUAUAUCAUUAUAAGAUAUGACUGUUGUGCUUGCCCUAUUUACAAGGACCGUAUGCUACUUCUGCUGAUUGCAAAUGCUGUCAACUGGACUUUUGCUAUAUGUGGUGUUAUUUACCAGCCCAAGGAUUUUGCUACAUAUCUCCUGGCAAUAUUGAUAGUUAAUGGAUUGUUGUAUGUUGGUUUUUAUGUCAUUAUGAAGAUUCGGAACAAGGAGCGCAUUAUGAUGUUGCCGUUUGUGGUGUCCAUUCUCUCCCUCAUUUGUUGGAUUGUUGCUUUGAUUUUUUUCUUCCAAGAACUCACCUCAUGGCAGAAAAGUCCAGCAUUAUCACGCGAAGGUAACAGAAAGUGUCGUUUAUUGGGUUUUUAUGAUGACCAUGAUAUCUGGCACCUGUUGUCAGCUACUGCAAUCUUCUUCUCAUUUCUGGCUGUUCUAACCUUGGAUGAUGAUUUAGAGGGAGUACCAAGGACUAGAAUAUCAGUUUUCUAGCAACAAGUCACUACAAAAUGGUGCUGGUUUAUGAGAGGAAAUUAUUCUAAACAGCUACUGGUAAUUCAAAGUGAUCAAAUUUGAUAAGAUGAAUUAUUAGAUGGAAAAAAUUAUGAAUAUUUUUCAGAGCUCAAAUUUUGAAUAAGAGAAUAUUUUGAAAAAAAGAGAUGAUAAAAGACAAAGAAAUAUAAAGUACAAUAAAAAAUCAUCAAUUUUUGGGAGCAUUGAUGGGUGAAAUGGGAAAGAUGAAUUGCAACACUUGGGAAUAUCCAAGAAUGUCAAAGAAGCCCUGCAAGAUCAAAUAAUAUAUGUCUAUAUAGUUGUUGUGUUUACUGAAAAUAAAGGUAAUACAGUAUAAAUCUGCAUAACAAGUUGAUAAAAACAAAAUGAAAUUUGGUAAAACACAGUAAAACCUCACCUUAUGGCCACCUGAACAGCCACUCUGAUGUUCUGACAAAUUAAACAAAAAUUCAUAAAUGAGUUCUGUAAACAGGCAAUGUCACUGUGAAAAGCAUUCUAGAUUAUAUGUGCCAUUGACCUAUAUUGUAGAAAUGGUUGCGUCAUUUAAACAUAACAUAAAACUCAGGGAUUGAAAAAACAGGGAUUGAAAAAACAUUUUAUGCAAAUGAGUUUUCUCAUGUGUUCUCUAUUUAGAUAUUAUUGCUUGACUGAAGAUAGCUACCUUUUUUUUGCUACCUUUUUUUUCUAGAGAGCUUUUCAACCAUAAAAUGGUGCUUGCUCUCAAUUGCGGAUUUUGACUGUGUUGCGAUAUUCCUAUGGGGGUGGGGGUGAAGAAAAUGUAAAUAGGUCACUUCCUUUGUUUCUCAUCCCGUUGCUCACUCCACUUGAUUUUUAACUAUAGUUAAUAAGUCUAAACAAGUAAUUUAUAGGAACAGUUAUGGUUAUAAUGUAUUUUCAGAUACUUAACAAAAAAAGGCACUCUAACAGGAUUGACUAUGAUGGGUUCAGAAAUAAAGAGAUUUGUAGACAAA